ACCACCUUCCAGAGGGAAACAGACUGUCUUGGCAGCAACUGGAGGACACAGCAGCACCUGACUUGCAGGGUGUUUCGAGGAGCAGCCAUGUCAGCCCUGUACCCGUCUCUUGAGGACCUGAAGGUAGACCAGGCGAUCCAGGCCCAGGCCCAGGCUCAGGCCAGAGCCUCACCCAGGACGCCUGCCCUGCCCGCCCCAGUCCCAGAGGCAGCCACCCCGCCUCCUUCAGUUUUGUACCCAAACCUGGCAGAACUGGAGAACUAUAUGGGUCUUUCCCUCUCCAGCCAAGAAGUCCAGCAGAGCCUGCCUCCGACUACAGAGGGUGACAGCAUGGUAGUUUCUGGCUCCUGGCCUGGCCAGGUGGUGGCCCCUUUGUCGGGGAACAACCUGGGCGUGCGUCGUGCAGAGAUCAAGCCCGGGGUGCGUGAGAUCCACCUGUGCAAGGAUGAGCGUGGCAAGACCGGGCUGCGGCUGCGGGCCAUUGACAAGGGGCUUUUUGUCCAGCUGGUCCAGGCCAACACCCCUGCCUCACUGGUGGGCCUGCGCUUUGGGGACCAGGUCCUGCAGAUUGACGGGCGUGACUGUGCUGGCUGGAGCACAGACAAAGCCCACCGAGCGAUGAAGAAGGCAUCAGCUGAAAAGAUUGUCAUGGUUGUUCGGGACAGGCCAUUCCAGAGGACGGUCACCAUGCACAAGGACAGCUUGGGCCAUGUUGGCUUUGUCCUCAAGAAGGGGAAGGUGGCGUCGGUGGUCAAGGGGAGCUCUGCAGCCUGCAAUGGGCUGCUGACCAACCACUAUGUGUGUGAGGUGAACGGGCAGAACGUCAUUGGGUUAAAGGACAAAAAGGUCACAGAGAUUCUGACCACAGCUGGAGAUGUCAUCACCCUGACCAUUAUUCCCACAGUGAUCUUCGAGCACAUGGUCAAAAAGCUGUCCCCAACGCUGCUCCACCACACCAUGGACCAUUCCAUCCCAGAUGUCUGAGGCCACUAGAGGACAUCUUGGCUCUCCCUUCUCCUUGCAGGGAAGGGCAGCUGUCCUCAGAUGACAGGUUGCGGCUGGCGUGCUGACAGAGAUCCAGGGUUUGAAGUGGGGGGCAGUAGUGUUCCAGGUGGGUGGACAUCAGAUGGCAUGAGUCUGUCCUUGGGGCCUUGACAUCCUAGCUGGGCCCAGGCAAGGGCAGGGCAGUGUUCCCAAGGAGCCAUUCUCUGAGCUGUUUACAUGCAGAACAUGCAGGUGGGCCUGCCCAACACUCUUGUCAGAGUUGUGGCUGGGUCCCUUUCAAAAUUCUACCUCUACCAGGAAAAGCAGCUACAGGAUUUGGGAGAGCAGAAGUUAUGUUGUGAGAAUGUUUAAAUUUUUCUUUUAUCACUCUUCAUCACAGACUGCAUAUAUAC